UAAUACCACUAAUAUAUUACAUUUAAAGAAAUGUAACAAACUGAACAUAAUGCAAUGAAAAUAACAAACUAUGAUAUUAAUGUGUUAGAAGUUACAAGUAUCUAUUUUUGUCUCUACCAAACAAACACACUUCUCUUUCCCCUCCAAAAAACUUGCAAAAACUAGAGGAAAAGAAUUCAGCUUGACUCAGUCUUAUCAUCUCUUCAAUUUAUAACCUCACCAUCUCACUCUAACAUGGGUUUCCCUCCUCCCCAUUCCUCCACCUCCAGCCGCGUUCCUAUCCGAACGCGGCCCCCUGCCGCCCCCCGCCGCCCCUAGAAAUGAAGAUUUCCCAGCAUUUCAUGCUACUAAAUAUAUUUUUAUCUCUAAUAUUCUUAUUUAACAUAACCAAUGCGCAAACAACCGAUGACUACAAUGCAACUCCGGCUGCACCACCUCCCGCUAUGGAAGCGUGCGACGGGGUUUUCCUUUCGUACGUGUUCACUUCUCGUGAAAAAGCUUAUCCGCAUGUGAAGAACGCAACGGCUCAGGCAUGGGCGUUUAAGUCCACAGCAACCAUUGUUAACACGGGGAAAUUUGAAGUAGAAAAAUGGGAAAUGCACGUAGGGUUUCAGCAUCAGGAGAUUUUGGUUUCGGCUAGUGGUGCACAAAUUGUGGAUGCUUCGGAUUUUCCUGUUGAUGCUAGUAAUGGAACAACUUUUGCUGGUAAUUCGCAGCCGAAUUUGAAAACGUCGAUCGAAACUGCGGCGGAUUAUACGCAGAUUGCUGUGGAGAUUGAUAUUAUUGGUACUCAGUUUGGUGUGAAACCUCCCGGUAUACCAAUGCCGAAGGAUAUCAAGCUUGUUAAUGAUGGUUAUAAAUGCCCCAAAGCCUCUAAGCAAGGGAAAAGCAACAUGUAUGUAUGUUGCAAGAGGGAUCCAAAACUGAAGGCAAAACCAAUGAAGAAAGUAAAAUUCUUGCCACUUCAAUAUGGUGAUCUCUCCCUCACAUAUGAUGUUCUCCAAGCCUACGGAAACAACUAUCUUGCUCAAGUUACUAUUGACAAUAAUCAUCCGUUAGGCCGUCUUGAUCACUGGAACUUAACUUGGGAAUGGCAGAAUGAUGAGUUUAUUUCCACUAUUAGAGGAGCCUAUGCUCGCUUACGAGACUCCUCUCAAUGCGUUUACGGCCCUGCCGGAAAAUAUUAUGCAGAUCUUGACUUCUCUCAAGUUGUCACGUGUGACAAAAGUCCGAUUAUCUCUGAUCUUCCUCGAGAAAAGGCGAAUGAUACAAAGCUCGGAAAGUUGCCUUAUUGUUGUAGAAAUGGUAGCCUUUUGCCUGCUUUGAUGGAUGAAAGCAAAGCGAGAAGUAUUUUCCAAAUGCAAGUCUAUAAGAUGCCUCCUAACAUGAACAGAACGGCUCUUGUUCCGCCGCGAAAAUGGAAGAUUGAGGGUAUUCUUAAUCCUCAAUACAAAUGUGGAAAUCCUGUCAGGGUAGAUCCUUCAGACUUUCCUGAUCCUUUCGGGCUUCCAGCUACGUCUACUGCUGUAGCUAGUUGGCAAGUCGUAUGCAAUAUCACCCGUCCGAAAGAAAGGCAAUCGAGAUGCUGUGUAUCGUUCUCUGCUUUCUACAAUGAAUCCGUCGUUCCUUGCAAUACUUGUGCUUGUGGAUGUGGCGACGAUACGCGAUGUAGUGACACUGCAAGCGCAAUGCUUCUACCGCCAGAGGCGCUUCUUGUGCCUUUCGACAAUCGGACAAAUAAGGCAGUGGCAUGGGCUAAACUGAAGCACCUUAAAGUUCCAAAUCCAAAGCCUUGUCCUGAUAAUUGUCCAGUAAGUAUAAACUGGCAUGUCAACACAGAUUACAAAACCGGAUGGACUGCGAGGAUCACCCUUUUCAACUGGGAUAAUACGAAUUUCGAAGACUGGUUCGCUGCAAUCCAAAUGGACAAAGCGUAUGCUGGCUAUGAAAACAUUUACUCUUUCAAAGGAACUAAGCUUGACAAGCUGAACAACACCAUUUUCAUUGAAGGUUUACCAGGUUUGAAUUUCUUGAUGGGAGAAACAAAUGGAAGUACUAAAGGAAGUCCGAGAGUGCCUGGAAAACAACAAUCUGUGAUCUCAUUCACCAAGAAGCAAACUCCGGGGAUCAACAUACCCCGCGGAGACGGGUUCCCCAAGAGGGUGUUGUUCAAUGGAGAAGAAUGUGCAUUGCCUACGCGGAUUCCGAUCAAGAGCGGAGGAAGCAAAUCUGUUGCUGUUAACUUGUUCAUAGUGUUGUUAUUCACAAUUAUAUCUUCGGUGCUUAUGACUUAAUUUCUUGUAAAGAGUAAUAUUUCUGCAGAAGUGAACUUUGGUUAUGUUGUUUAGGGAAUUAGCUUAUUUGGUGAUAUAUUUAAAUUCUUGAUUUCAUUAUUGAAAGUAA